AUGUUCAAGGAGCUUGGCAAGGGACUCGGUAGAAGGAAUUUGUAUGGAUCUACUAUCCCAGACUUCUCUACAGGCUUCGAUACCCUCAUCGUGUGGAAUAUUGGUGUACAAAGAUGUGACGUCCAUAGUCACGAGGAGGGUAUGAUUUGGGAGGCCAGUAGAGGGCGUCUUGUUAAUGUAGUCCGUGGUGUCCUUGAGAUAGGAUGGCAAUUCUCUACGUGUGGACGGAGAUGGGAAAUAGUGGUGGAGAUGGUGGCCCGAAUAGAUUUGGAUGUAGGUCUAAGAGAAGAAUGUCUGAAAUGUUAUUCCAAAAUCAUCAACUCUACAGUCAUGUCUUUUAAUACUAGUUUCAGCAACAGGUCUUCUACAAUCCACAUUUCGGUGGAAUUUCAGAUCUCUCUUGAUCUAUGGAUAUAUUUCUCUCCGGUCCUUUUAGUUGUUGGUGCAUUUGGAAAUACUGCCAGCAUUUUCAUCCUUACACGCCGAUCCUUUAGGAAAUCUACGUGUAUGUUCUAUCUAACAAUGUUGUCAGUGGCAGAUCUUAUGGUUUUAUAUACGGCAUUGCUCCGAUUUUGGAUUCGCUCUGCCUUCUCCGUCGAUAUACGUACUCUAUCGAUAUGGAGCUGUAAGAUUCAUGCUUUUCUGGUGUACUUUGCAAUGGAUUUCUCUUCCUGGGUUUUGAUGACAGUCACCCUUGACAGAUUUGUUCUCGUUUGUUUUCCCUUUAAAGCCUAUCUUUUUUCCACAAUGAAGAAGGCACCAUACGUCCUGCUGUUUGUGGUCUUGUUCUUAAUUUUUGUCAACAGUCAUUUCUUUGCCACGGUUACCAUUAAGGAUACAUCAUGCACGUACGAAAAUGAAAUAACCAUGAAGGUCUGGCCGUGGGUGGAUUUAAUUGUGUGUAACCUAAUCCCAUUUUUAGUCAUGCUGGUGUGUUCGAUUAUGAUUUCUAGGAAGGUUCUUCAAACAAAAAAACGUGUUGCUGCCCAGAAUUCACUAUCCGUGCCUGAAGAAAGUGUAAUUCCAUCAAACGACGGAAGACAAAUUCUGAAAACAUCUUCAAUUACUAUCAUGCUACUGACCAUAAUCUUUUCUUUCUUCUUGCUAACUCUUCCUCUCGUUGUCUUUAAAAUUUCCCUGCCGUACUGGAUUCUGGUGGUCACCAAUUCAGAACUACAAAUGUUAGAACUUGUUCGAACAAUAUUCAGCAUGUUAUCGUACACAAAUCAUGUGAUUCAUUUCUUUUGUUGCCUCAGCGGAAGACGAUUUCGUCGAGAG